AUGUCGAACCCUCUAGACACAGAUGCCGGCUCGGAGAUGUUCGCCAGCUACGAGAACGAGCUGAAGCUCGUCCAGGCGGAUCUAAACCAGAAGCUGGACCAGAUCGCCGAAGCAAGCGGCGAGCAGCGUAAGUCCGCAAUCCGACAAGCAGAGCAGGUUCUCGAUGAAGCAACGGAACUGCUCGACCAAAUGCGCAUGGAGAAGCAGAACAUACCCUCUGCCUCCCGCUCCAAAGUGAACAUACGCUUCCGGAACUACUCCACAGACAUCGACGACAUCAAGCGCAAGCUCAAGUCCCUCUCUGACGACCGCAAAGCCCUCUUCGGUGACCGGUACACUGACGAACCGGUCGACGAGCAUCUCGAGCAGCGCCAGCAACUACUAUCUGGCACUGAGCGGCUCGAGCGCAGCUCCGCAAGACUACAGGGUGCUCAGCGGACGGCGCUGGAGACUGAGGAUGUGGGGCGGAACGUGCUAGCUGAUCUGUACGGACAACGGCAGACGAUUCAGCAUACUCGUGAUAAUCUGCAGCAGAGCGAGGGAUACGUUGACACGAGUAUUAAGACUUUGAGGGGCAUGGCCCGUAGGAUGGCUACGAAUCGGAUAAUCACGAUUGCUAUCAUUACGGUCCUUGUCCUUUUGAUUAUUGCCGUUAUUUACAGCAAGUUCCAUUAG